ACCAGGUAGAUCUAGUCCCUCCAAUGCCCUUACCCAUGAUUUUAUUUUCUUGCGAAAUCUGUUAAUUAGUUUUUUCUCUGCUGGUUGAUUUUUGUUGCUUGGUCGACAGUCAAUCGGAAGUUAAUUUACGUCUUGCAAGCUUGACCCAGCAUUUCUCACACAAUGGGUCCAACCACAUUCCUGUUCCUGUUGCCGUUCCUUGCCCACUUAGCCGAGGCGAAUGCGGGCGACAACGCGCAGGUACCACUUCAUGGUUUCGACCAAGCCGCUUGUCCAGAUUACGCAAGCUAUUCGAAAUAUAAGCAUCACCCAUACAGCAAUGGGCCCCUCAAAUUACCUUACCAGCGGCCCGAUCCGCGCUGUCGGACCUUCAACAACGAUGCCAUCGAGAAGGUCAUCAAGGAUGUCACCUCGCGGAUGAAGGACCCGGACAUGGCACGCCUUUUUGAGAACGCGUUCCCCUCGACGACGGACACGACGAUCAAGUUCCACACCGACGGCAAGACGAACCGUAGGAGCAAGGCCCACGACGAGGACGACGACUUCUUCGGCUUUGGCAGCGGCAGCCAAGGCGCUUGGGAGGGCCCUCAGUCCUUCAUCAUAACCGGCGACAUCAUCGCCGAGUGGCUGCGCGACAGCACGAACCAGCUGGCGCCUUAUCAACCCCUCGCCAAGAAGAAUCAGGCCGUCCGCACCCUCAUCCUGGGCGCCAUAAACACCCAGGCAGAGUACAUCAUCCAGAGCCCAUACUGCAACGCCUUCCAGCCCCCGCCCAUCGCCAAUCUGCCCAUCAGCCACAACGGGCAGGACGACACGGUGCACCCCAACUACGACCCCAACUUUGUCUUUGAGUGCAAGUAUGAGCUCGACAGCCUGGCUCAUUUCCUAGCCCUUGGAAACGACUUCUUUGAGAACACGGGGUCCACCGAGUUUAUCAACUCGCGCUGGCUGCUUGCCAUCAAAACCGUCCUCAGUGUGCUCGAUCAGCAGUCGAUGCCGACCUUCAACUCCAAAACUGGCCACUUUAGGCCCAACCAGUACACGUUCCAGCGCAGGACCACGCUCGGCACCGAGACGCUCAACCUACAAGGGGUGGGCAACCCGCUCGGGAACGGGACGGGCCUGGUUCGGUCCGCGUUCCGACCGAGCGACGACGCCAGCAUCCUUGGCUUCUUCAUCCCGGCCAACGCCAUGAUGGCCGUGGAGCUCGGGCGAGCGGCCAAGGCGCUAAAGGCUGCCGACAUGGGCGGCCAUACCGUCACCGCGUUGGUCGAGAGGUGGAGCAAGAGCAUCACCGAGGGUAUCUGGGAGCACGGCGUCGUCAAGCACAAGGUCUAUGGUGACGUGUUUGCGUACGAGGUGGAUGGUUUUGGCUCGACGAUCUUGAUGGACGACGCCAACUACCCAUCGCUGCUCGCUUUACCUGUGAUGGGAUUCGUUUCCAGGGACGACAAGACGUAUCAGAACACGCGAAAGAUGCUACUGUCGAAGCAGUCCAACCCUUACUACCUCGAGGGCAGGGAUUUCAGGGGUAUUGGAGGACCUCACAUUGGCCUCCAGAACGCCUGGCCUAUGAGUCUAUUGAUGCAAGCCCAGACUUCGGACGAUGAUGAUGAAAUCAACGAGUGUCUGCAGCUUGUUCUCAAGUCUGCUCUUCUCGGUCUUGUGCAUGAGAGUGUUGAUGUUAACCAAAUCACCUCGUACACAAGGAGCUGGUUUGCCUGGGCAAACGGGGUAUUUGCUGCCACCAUCCUAGACAUCGCCAAGAGGAAACCGUAUCUGAUUUUCACGGACGACGAACCCUAUGAGAUAUAAGUUGAACGCUUUUUUAUGUCCAAAUGUUUAUAAUGAAAACAUAGAUGUUUAUACAGGGCUCUUAUCACCCCAGGGGGGCUGAGGAUAUCAAACUGUUGCGUUGCGGAGAUCAAAUUGCACAAAUUUCCAUCCCAGGUGCCUAAUUGUAGAAGCGUAACUAGAUACCUCAACAUCUCGGUGACUGAAAGAGAUCAAAGGGAAUGGAAUUGGACCAGG